CCAGAGUACGUGUGAUCCGAUGAACAUGGCUCAGGGGAAACAGGCCAUCGCUGGACUGUAAACAAGAGGAAAUUUUGGAUAAGAUCGAUAUCGUACCAUGCACGUGUGAAAUGCUCUCAAUGUCGAUAUAUUGGAUCACUUCAUCUGCUUUAUUGAUGACUACAAGGCGACAGAUUGAGUGCAACACAUCCAAUUGCAUUCAUAAACAUUUCUAUAGGACUUCUAACCCCUGAAAUUAUCCAUUGUUUUAGAUAUUCAAACAAAAAAAGCCCUGUUGUAUUGUGGAUGACAUCCUCGCACGACCAAAUGGCUGCAACUGGAAAAGUAAAAAGGAGUAAUGAUCUGCCUCAAGACGUUGAGAGGUUGAAAGAGGAGCACAGGAAGUUUGAUCGCAGGAUAACACUGGAAUUCUCUGGAAAGUUCCUUGUGGGUCACGUGUUACUUCAGCUGCUGGCUAACUGGCUUCAAACUGUUGUUGUGCUUUUGUUUAUCUCCGUUUCUUCUCAUUUGCAAUACAAAUGCACCUUCACAACUAUCUACAAUAUAAAAACUGAAUUACACAUACACAUGUAUAGUGCAGCGAGCUAGCAGCCGAGUUCAACUUGAGCCUAAUCAAACACAUGGUGCAAAGCUGCUAAUGUUGCCUAAGUACAUAAACAGUCAAGGAAAUGCAUACAGAUAAACAUACAGUUAGGUGGUGAAAGAUUGCAGAGGUCAAAUUGAGCACUGGAAAAAAGUGGAAAAAGAUUACGAAUCUCUUCAGGACCGUCUCAGGACCUUGCCUAACAAGUUGUCUUAUGAUAUUAUGGUACCAUUUGGUCCCUUGGCUUUCAUGCCAGGAAAGCUAGUUCACACUAAUGAGUUAACGGUGCUCCUUGGGGAUAACUGGUUUGCAAAGUGUUCUGCCAAACAAGCCGACACUCUUGUGGAACACAGGAUGAAACAUGUAAAGAGUGCCCUAGAUGAUUUACAGAAAACAGUGAAGAACUUUGAGAACAGAGCUGACUUCACAGAUGAUCUUGAAAAGUUGACUGGUAGUACUGGAGAUUUUGUAGACAUUAGAGAAGAGGUGGUAAAUGAGGAAGAAGUUACCAAAGGAAAGCAUCGUUUGGCCCACAAACCCAACUCUAAACCCAAACAGGAGUAUGUGCUGAAACUGAAGGAGGAGAAUGGCAAAGGAGAGGGGGAUAAAGGGAGCAAGAGAGGAGUGCUGUUUGAGAAGGAGCUUUGGGCUAGACUUGAUGAAUUGGAGCGUCAGGAGGAACUACAGGAUGAGAGAUACCGAUUGGACAGCACAGACACCAAUGGAGAAGACACCACUUCCUCUUCAUCGGAGGAAGAGAAAGAAUCAGACAGUGGCAACAGUGUGCAGGUUAAUGGCCAUCCGAAGGAAAAUGGCUGGGUAUCAUCAUCAUCAUCAUCAUCAUCUCAAAGUCAGAUGAACGGCACCAACGGGUCACAUCCUGAGGAGGUGGAAGAGGCAGAUUGUGAGGAAACAAGCAAUGGUCUUCCAACUAUUUACUUUUCUCACACUGUGGAACCCAAAAAGGUCAGAAUAAAUACUGGGAAGAACACCACUCUAAAGUUCAGCGAGAGAAAAGAACAAAAGGAGCAAGCCAAGCGAAAAAAGAAAAAUGGCAAAGGUAACGGCCAUUCUCCUCAUGAAAAUUACAAGAUCAUCAGCCCAGCAGACAUUUAUAGGGUGUUUGUGGAUUUGGUAAAUGGAGAGCCAAUACCACGGAAGUCCAUUUUGAAGUCCCGUAGCCGUGAAAACAGCGUGUGCAGCGACACCAGUGAGAGCAGCACUGCAGACUUUGAAGAGCGCCGUGCAGCUUUUGGGCGUUCACUGAGCCACGAUGACGCCACGCACAGUGAUACCAGCGAUGGCAUUACAGAGGAGGACAGUACUACAGGCAGCAUCCCCCACAUCAACGAACGCUUUGAGGCUUUUACAGGCACAGUGAUUGAAAAGGAUCCCCUGCCUUCCUCAAUCCCACACCUGACCAUCGCCCCUCCUGCGUUGCCCACAAUCCCAGAGAGGAAGCUGGAGGAGGUGGGCACAGAAAUGCCUCAGGAGCCCCCUAAAAGGAUGUCCAAGUUUAAAACUACACGGUUGCAGCAAAAAUGAGAGCUAAUCGUACAAGGAUCCAGCUAUGCUUUUUUUUUUUUUUUUUUUGUUUUUUUUUAAUCCUCCUUUUGUACAACUGUAACCCUUAUAGACUGGAUUUCUGAUGUUAUUUUCCUCACAAGCAGGCCUCUGCCUUUGUCCUCCAAGCUGCUUCUACAUCUGUCUGUUUUUUUGUGUAUGAUAUGCAUCCCUGACACUUUUAUUAAGCAAAAGCAAAGUUAUAUGAUUUGCCAGACUGUUUGCAUUUUUAGGCCAGAUGGGUUGAGAUGAUUUAGGCAGUAUAAUUUGUUGUUUUCUGUGUGUAUUUGACAAAAAAUAAAUAAAUGUAAAAAGCUAAAAAUGGAUUUUUUUUUUGUUUUGUUUUUUUGUUAAGGCUAACAUAAAAUGGCGUUAGGGACGUCAUGGCUUCACCCUACUGUCAUUGUGAUGCGGUCUAUGAUGUAAAAUGGUUGUAAAUGCAGCUUUUUCAAAGUUUGUCCUGUUAAUUUACGUGCUACUUUGACUUAUAGCCGACAGAAACUGGCAGCAUUGCUGAAGUCAAAGGCAAUUUUAUCCUCUGAGCUUUUUCUUUGAUUAUCCUUUAUCUCCUUUUUUCAAUGUUUUUGUAUUGUUUUGGUUUUACUUCUGACUCAUUUAAAUGUACAUCAGCUUUUUUUCUGACUGCCAGGAAAAUGUUACUGAAAAGAACAAGAAAUAAAUGAUUUUGACUGUA